AUGGCUCGAGUUCAGGCGCCGCAGUUUAUGGGUCCUCCUUCGGUUCAGAUGACACCACGUCAGGAGGAGAAUGUGAACCUUGGCAAAACGGUGAAUGAUCUCAUCCUGUCAAGGGAUCCUCAAGAAGUGGAUCGUCGGAAGAAGGCGCAUCAGGCCGCGGCGAGCCGGCUUCAAUCUCACACGUCGCUGCAGAAGCAGCAUGCGGACCUCAUGAAAGCACACAAGGAGCUUUUGCAAGCCUUCAAAAACGCCUCCUUCAACGCUGGGGGAGGUGCUGCAGGAAUUCAGGUGACAACCCCAGGGCCCACAGAUUUGCAAACCAUGUGCGACGUGAAAUCACGUGAAAUCUGUGGCCCCGUAAACGGGAUGUCGAUGGUGAAGCACCCAGCCCUUGGUGUCGUGCGAUUGGACUACGACUAUCCUCCUGCACCAGGGGACUCCGAUCAUCCAGCGCUUGAUCUAGAUCCAAUGGCGGAUGCUGGGGAAGUCGGUGAGGAACAGUACAAAUUGGUUCAAGAGGUGGUGUCAACAUGGAAACGACAUGCUGACCUGUGUCGCAAUGCAACCAGCGGAAAGAUGGCGAAUGUGGGUGACCCAAAACAGCUGACCCGCAAAGAUGUGGAUAUCAAUGCAGACUUGUUGGAACCCAUUGUGGUCAAAUUUGGAAAAUCGCGUGCCAGGACUUUCUGGUGUCAUGCAGACCUCGUGGGAAACCGUUCUUCAAAAGCUGAAGAUGAUUCCAUGGUAGAGAACCAGGGCGAAAAUGAUGAUGAUGUUGCCGAUGCUUGGGGAUAUGGAGAGGAGGGUGGAGAAAGUGAGGAUGAGAAGGUCGAUGACCCCACUUGUGAAUGGUUGAAUGAUGAGAUCCCACCUGAUGAUCCAGAGUCUAGCCCCACCGUGGAAAGCAAACAGGAUCCCAUGGAAUCUUCGAAGAUCAGUGACUCUGUGAACAAUGUCCCCCGUGCUGAUGCUGAUGAUGCAGCGCCGACUUCGAGCACUUCGACUCUGGCCACUGCAGCUCCCAUGGAAGGACCAAGAGAAGCUGAAGAGGAUGGCUACCCGGUACCCCCUCAUGAGCACUACCUCGUGAAGCACCCAGCUGAAUGGUAUGAGUGUCUCAAAUGCCACCAAAAAGGUCAGAACAUCAAGGACCAGCCAUGCGACCCCAAGUGCGCUGAGAAGCACUGUGCCAAGCUUCCUUUCAAAAUGGGGGAAACGGCGAAUGAGAGUUUGGAGGAGGAAGAGUGUCUUUUGAAUGCCUUGUUAGAGGAAGAACUAGCCCUUUCCCAAAUGGUAGAGGAAGCCAUGGCCAUGUCUUUGUCAAUGUCCUUGGAACCUGGGAAUGAUGGGAACCCACCCGAAGAACCUCAUGACCCAGACCUUGAAAAAGCUAUGGCGAUGUCUUUGGAAGUUUUGCCCGCCCGAAAAAAGGAGGUAGAUGGAGACACACAGGACAAAAAGGUGGUAGAUGGAGACACACAGGACAGAAAGGAGGUAGAUGGAGACACAAAGGACAAGGAGUCAAAGGACAAGGAGUCAAAGGACAAGGAGUCAAAGGAUAUGCAGAGAGCACUUGCUUUGUCAAUCCACUCCAUGAAUGACCCCCUGAAAGACAUGGAGGCGGACUCACCUCGCAAAGACCUACCGGCUCAGGAGGAACUGUCUGCACUUUGUUCUGAGGCGAACCUCUACAACAUGCAGUGCCUUGUGAACAUGGGGUUCACCAAGGAGCAGGCCAUUUGGGGAGUCAAGAGGGCAAAUGAUUCCAAUGGCUCUUUGGACUUGGCCCUUCAACAUGCAUCUUGGAGGUGUGAUGCAGACAUUCUCAUGGCCAAACGUCGCAAACUGGAAGAUUUGAGCAAGAAUGCCACCACCACUACUCCGAAAGAUGUUGAGAAACCUGAACCUCCAAAGCCCGGAUCAUGUUCUAUUCUCAGUUUGGUUUGGAUCGGCACAUGGCAACAUGUUCAUAUACGUCGAAUGUUGGACCCGUCCCAUGAAAUCAUGGACCGAUUAUUUUUUAACUUAGGUGAUGUUCUGGAUACCAUGCCCAUGAACACCUUGGAAGCUACCACGGCCUUUGAAGAGCAAAAGCUAGAGGCAAAGAAGGUUGAAGAAGGAAAUGGAGAGGUGAUCACGGCAAAGGAUGUUUACGAACUUUAUGAUCCCGACCCUGAGUUUUUGCGAGCUAAGACCAUGACCCUAGAUGAAGCUUGGGAACUGGGGUGUGAAGGUGCUAAGCAUUGGGCCCCGGAUGAUGACAAGGUUAGCAUGGAGAAUGCCACCACAGAAAAACCAGCUGUGGAGGAACCCAAAGAUGACACCACAGCCGCUUCCCAAGCUGACAUUGCCCAGGCAUCCCCUCGAGAUGAAGCUGCUCUUCGGCCAGAUCACCUUUUGCAGUCCCUCAAGCCCAUCACACCAGCAGAACAGAAAGGUGAGGCUCAAGUGGACGCUGAGGUUCCAAAGACAAAGAAGAAGACUCGCAAGACACGUGGUGACAAAGCAGUCGCUGCCACUGCAGAGCCCUCUGCAGCCUCUGCAGCUUCCCCCGCUGAGACCAAGUCCAGGAAGAGAACCAAGACCGAAGUGGAAAAGAAACCCAAGGAAACGAAGAAGGAGUCAAAGUCUGUCCCGAAGUCCCCGAAGUCAAAGUCCAAAGAGAUGAAACCGAAGAAGGGAAAGGGGAAGGGAAAGGCUGGUCAGAAGGCAGAGAAGGUAGACCAAUCAGAGAAAAAAGCGCAGCAGAGCCGAAAGUCGUCGGCCUACCAUGUCGCUAAGCGAGCAGCCAUGAACCAGGGCAAAACAAAGGAAGAAGCAAUUGAGCUGGCCAGACUGGUACCUUGA